AGAGACAGAGCCCAGGGGACUGUCAGAGCAGAGGAUUGCCGACAGGAGUCACAGUCAAAGAGAAGUGUUAACAGCUCUGGCUACUGAUGAAAACAUAGCAGCUUGUCUCUUCAGUCUAAAACAACAGAUUUAGCAAGGAAAGAGGGGAAAUAGUAUCCCAGUAAAGAGCCAUCAAAGCCAAAAUGGCGGCUGCCAGUGUUUCCACGGUUUCCACGGGCCCGACACUGGGGUUCGAUGACUACAGCCUUUACAGCGGCCUGACGGAGAAUGAGCUCAUCGAGCUGGCCAUCGAGCGCAGUCUGGCCGAGUCCAACGCCCAGGGGUCUAAUGCCCAGGCGGGGAGCAGCAAAACCCCCGCGGCCCAGAUGCAUCAGAACCGAGCCAUCAGACGCGCCCCUCCUCCACGGCAACAGCACGUUCCCCCACCCGCCAACCCACCCAGGGAAAACACCCCUGUGAAAAUUGAAAAUAUCGAGGCCCAUUUUGUGACUGGCAGUGGGAAACGAAUGGUACGGUAUCGGCGAUACGACGGUAGCCUGCAGGUGGCGCCAGAGCCUCUUGAGGAAGCGGACCCCUUGCUCAAAGCAAUCUGGGACGGUGAUGUAGGGACAGUGAGAGUAUUGGUCAAGCAUAAUUCCAAAAGUCUGACAGCAUCAUACAGGGACGGGUGGAUAGCGUUGCAUGAGGCAGCAUACUACGGCCAGCUGGACUGCCUCAAAGUUCUGCUGAAAGCCCAACCAGGGAUGCUGAACAAGCGCAGCCAAAAAGACCAGACCCCCCUUUUCCUGGCUGUGUCCAAGAACCAUGUGGCCUGCGUGGAACACCUGCUGGAGACAGGGGCGGACCCCGACAUUGCCAGCAGGGACAGAGAGACGCCCCUCUUCAAAGCCUGUGAACGAGAGAAUGCAGCCAACGUGGCCUUACUUCUGAACUCCGGGGCCCAGGUGAACAAGACCUGCACCCAGGGCUGGACGGCUCUGCACGAGGCCGUGUGCCGAAACAACGUGGAGAUCUGUGAGAUGCUGCUGAAGGCCGGGGCCAAAAUCAGCAUUGUCAACAUAUAUGGCAUCACCCCGCUCUUUGUGGCAGCUCAGAGCGGACGAGCGGAGGCCUUGCGCUUCCUCAUCAAAAAUGGCGCGGAUGUCAACAGCCAGGCGAACGACGGGGCCACAGCUCUGUAUGAGGCCAGUAAGAACGGCCACGAGGAGAUCGUGGAGCUCCUUCUUUCUCAGAAUGCAGACGCCAACAAGGCGGCCAAGUCCGGACUGCUGCCCCUGCAUAUCGCUGCCCAGCGUGGGAAUGAAGGACAAAAGCUGUUCUUGGAUAUGAACCAUGCUCUCUGUACUCAGAAGUCUGUUAAAAUCGUGUCCAUGCUGAUCCCCAAAACCAGCAGGGCCCGUGUGCGGCGAAGCGGCAUCAGCCCCCUCCACCUGGCAGCUGAGCGCAACAAGGAUGAGGUCCUGGAGCUCCUGAUUGAAGCAGGCUUUGAUGUCAACGCCACGCUCUCCUAUGACCACUCCAAGAUGUAUGAGGACCGCCGAAGCACGGCUCUCUACUUCGCCGUCAUCAACAACAACAUCGACGCCACCACCAUGCUGCUGGAGGCCGGCGCCGACCCCAACCUGGACACCUUCAACCCACUGCUGGUGGCCGUGAGGCAGGGCUGCAUCCGGACGGUCACCCUCCUGAUGGAGCACGGCGCCAACGUCAACGCCUACAUCCCCACCCACCCCACAUCCUUCCCUGCCACUGUCAUGUUCUGCAUGAAGUACCUGCCCCUGCUCAAGUAUCUGAUGGACAACGGCUGCGACGCCCUGUCCUGCUUCCAGUGUGUGUACGGCAGCAACCCGCACCCGCCCAUCAAGACAACCCGCAACAGGGACGAGCGGUUUGACAGUGAACGCCCCCCCAGCACUCCUGUACAGUUUUGCGAGAUGAUCUCUACAGAUCAUAACUGUCGCUGGGCUGGACCCAUCAUCGACGUGCUGCUGGACUACGUGGGCAACGUGCAGCUCUGUGCCAGACUCAUCGAGCAUCUGGACAGUUACAAGGACUGGGCUGUCAUCAAGGAGAAAGCAGAGCUGCCACGCCCACUGAUGCAGCUCUGUAGGAUAAAGAUCUGCAGUAUGAUAGGAAUUGGGAGACCCAGGCGCCUCGAGAGAUUGCCCCUCCCAGAACGGCUAAUCAAGUACCUGAAACACGAGGAGCGCUACAGGGACAAUGACCUUUGAGAGGGCUGAUCGUUGAUUGAUUUGUAAGUCUGGGCUCAUUUUGUACAGAUUCCUUGGCACGUCUCCCAGGUUCCUCACAGAAAAUAUUGUCUUGUGUCUAAAUGCCUCUGCUCUCAAAAUCUUCAUAAUGUUAUGGUAUAAAAUAGUACAGGAGAUCCUCACCAUUGGUGGAUUUUCCAUGCAUAUUUUCACCAAUAUGCACCAGGCAGCAUGUCCAUGUCCAUGUAAAACAGUAGUGACUCUUAAGAGUUUUUUUGUUCUCAGCUAUGAGUUUGUGAUGCUUCCAUGCCCAGGGGAUGACUGUACUCUUGCAAGCAGUUAACACAAAUGCAGUAUGUGUGGGGGUUGCAUUUUGAUACAUGGAUAUUUCCAAAAAUAAGAAGCUAACUGCUCAUUUGUGUGCCAGCUGCUGAAUGAUCCAUUCAACUUGAUACGCUAUGCUUUAUUCCUUUUAUCAGAAAUCUUGUUAAUUUGCAGAUUAGUGAAAAGAACCUGUUUAGGCCUGCUUUCUGGUUGCCCCAUUUCCCAAUUCAUAUUUAUUUUAUUUUAUGAAAUCUUCAUGAAUCAUGUGAAAUUUCUCUUUAUGUUGUUAAAAAUUGUC